GAACAUAAUAUGCAAUGAGAGGAGAAAACAGUGUCUAGGAAGGGUGUGUACUCAACUGGUAGCAAACAGGAGCCACUGUGGUUGGGACAAUGAAAUCGGUGCAAUUGUCUCGAUGGGUGUAGUGAUUUAAGGGUUAAUAUCGGCGUUGAGGGUUCAGGAGAAGAUACCAGUACCACGCCUAUAUGGUUUGCGAUUGACUGUUUAGUAGAGACCUGAAAACCAGUGUUGGUUACACAACUCCAUCGUACCUGUUUUUGAAACCUCUUUCUCGACCAAAAGGAGCAAGUACUGGAUUACUAAAUACAUGCCUUGGGAUUCCAACUUGAGACUACUGUUUGCAUCUCUGUAAUAAUUAUCCGGUUGAUACAAUUUUUUCUAUCUUGCAAGAGUUAAAAACUCAAUUUAGCAGAUCGUAAAGGCGACGCCAUUUUCGCAUUUUCCCACCACGGGACUCUUAUAGGAGGGGCAAUCAUUAUGGGGAAACUUAACAUGGCCGAGAUGAAAUUGAUUUUAGUGAUUUCCUGCUUCAUGCUGCCAUUGGUAGCAUCGCAAGGUUGUACGUCUGACUUUUGUUCUUUUGGUGGAACAUGCCUGGAGAGACCAUUUGAGGACAACCCGCUGUGCAUAUGCCCACAAGGGUUUCAUGGAUCAACUUGUUCUCAAUUCCAACAAGGGACAUGUGAUGGUCAAUUUCCUGGGGAAUAUACCAUUAACCAGACAAGUGGAACGCUGCUAUCACCGAACUUUCCGAACCAGUAUCCGAAUAAUUCUUACUGUUCAUACUUUGUCGUCUUCCCCGGAGCUCAACAAAUCCGAUUGAUUUUCAACGUUAUCGACGUCGAAACAAUUAAAGAUGACGUCAUCAUAGGUGCUGGUCAGACACUUUCUUUUUCUGAACAAGAUUACUUGAGAAUAUUUAGCGGCGAAUAUUUUGAUGAACCUGAUGAGACGAUUCCAUCUGACGUUGUAUGGGUGUGGUUCAUCUCCGACAAAACAGACCCAGGCGCACCUUAUAAAGGAUAUAAUAUUUCGUUCUUGGUUGAUCUUGACGAAUGUCUAUUCAACAGCGAUAUCUGCCCACCUGGAUCUACCUGUGAGGAUUUGGAAUUUUCUUAUCGAUGUAAUGAUAUCGACGAGUGUCAAUCCGAUCCCUGUAUAAACGGCGGUACUUGCAAUAAUCUAGACAAUGCAUUCAGAUGUGAUUGCCCAUCCGGCUACUCUGGUGAACGAUGUCAGACAGUUAUUGAUCCGUGUCUUAGCAAUCCUUGUGUGGCCAGCAAUACAGUUACUUGUCUCAACCAGGUUACAAGCUACCAAUGCGUAUGUGUUCCUGGUUACACUGAUGUCAAUUGCCAGACUGAAAUCGACGAGUGCGGUUCUAGUCCAUGCCAAAACGGCGCCAUUUGCACAGACCUUAUCAAUUCCUAUGAAUGUCAGUGCGCCGCUGGGUACACUGGGCCCACCUGCAGUAUAAAUAUUAACGACUGCAACCCAAAUCCUUGCCAAAAUGGAGGCUUAUGUACGGACAUGGUCAAUGGUUACUCUUGCCAAUGUAAUAUCGGAUUUACAGGAACAAACUGCGGAACAAAUAUCAACGACUGUGUGCCGAACCCAUGUCAGAAUGGAGCAGCGUGUGUGGAUCUUGUUAAUGGGUUUGUCUGUAACUGUGUUCCUGGAUAUACUGGAAAUACAUGUAAUAUAAAUAUCAACGAGUGCAUCCCAGAUCCUUGUGUUAACGGACAAUGUGAAGACUUGAUUAACGGUUACCGGUGUACAUGCGACCCAGGAUAUACGGGUGUGAAUUGCGACAUAAAUAUCAACGAGUGCUCCCCAGAUCCUUGUGUUAACGGACAAUGUGCAGACUUAAUCGAUAGUUACCAGUGCACAUGCGACCCAGGAUAUACUGGUGUGAAUUGCGUCAUAAAUAUCAACGACUGUUUGCCUGAUCCAUGCGUUAAUGGUGCUUGUACAGACUUGGUCAACGGAUACAGAUGCACGUGUAUUUCUGGUUAUACCGGAGAGAAUUGUGACAUCAAUAUUAAUGAGUGCCAGUCUGCUCCAUGUAUGAAUGGCGGUAUGUGUGUAGACCUGGUGAGCAUGUAUAGGUGUGACUGUCUGGAUGGAUUUACAGGAGUUCACUGUGGCACAAAUAUUGAUGACUGUACUCCCAACACUUGCAGUAAUGGAGGAACUUGUCUGGAUCAAAUAAAUGGGUUCAUCUGCGACUGUCCUCAAGGAUUUCAAGGACUUCGUUGUGAAAUUAAUAUUGAUGACUGUCUGCCUAAUAGUUGCAACAAUCAAGGAAACUGCAAUGACGAUGUCAACGGAUUUUCUUGCACCUGUUUUGCUGGUUGGACUGGAGCCCUUUGCCUGAUAUCCGUGGAUGAUUGCGUCCCCCAACCCUGUCUAAAUGGUGGUUCAUGUGUAGAUGGCCAUGUAUCCUAUACAUGCAACUGUUUGCCUGGCUACUCUGGAACUACUUGUGAAAUAAAUGACAACGAGUGUGCUAGUAAUCCAUGCCGAAAUAACGGAGCCUGUACAGAUGGCAUCAAUUCAUACACAUGUUCCUGUCUCCCUGGAUAUACCGGUGUUAAUUGUCAAAUCAACAUCGAUGAGUGCCAACCAAAUCCUUGCCUCAAUGGAGGAAAUUGCAUUGAUGAAGUCAAUGGCUUUAGAUGUUCUUGCACUGCUGGAUGGACAGGGGUGGUGUGUAAUGAAGAUAUCGACGAAUGUGCGUCCGGGCCAUGCGUGAAUGGAGCAACUUGUCAGAAUGGACAGAAUAUGUUCACUUGUAUUUGCGCCCCUGGCUACACAGGAACUAUAUGCUCGCAAGAUAUCGACGAAUGCGUAGUAAAUAAUAAUCCAUGUGGCUCGUUUGGGUUUUGUAACAACGGCAGAAAUGUCUACACCUGCACCUGCAUUCCCGGAUAUACUGGAGUCCAUUGCGACAUUGAAAUUGACCUGUGUAUAAACGAUCCAUGUUCUAGCAGCUCGACCUGUGUUAACUUCAGGACUUACUACGAAUGCCAAUGUGCUCCUGGCUACGAGGGCGCCAACUGCGAUAUAAAUAUCAAUGACUGUAUUGGAGAACCUUGUAAUUUUGGUGUAUGUCAGGAUCUGGUUAAUGAUUACAACUGUAUUUGUGAUGCUGGCUGGACAGGCAGAAACUGUGAAAUAAAUAUCGACGAAUGUGCAAGUGAUCCUUGCUUAAAUGGAGGAAUAUGCAGAGAUAAAGUUAACGGGUUUGAAUGCAUCUGCACCACUGCAUAUGAAGGCGUGAUCUGCGGAGACGAGGUCAACCCAUGUAUAUCUAAUCCUUGCUUAAACGGAGGAGCCUGCAACGAUCUGGACACUUACUUUACAUGUGAUUGUGUUGCGGGCUAUAGUGCAUUCGACUGCUCAGUAGACAUAAACGAAUGUUCCAGUGGUCCUUGCCGGAAUGGAGCUCAAUGUACUGAUCUUGUUGCUGACUACAGGUGCACCUGUCUACCAGGAUACUCUGGAAAACAGUGUGGAGAGGAUAUCAAUGAGUGUUUGUCUAGGCCUUGUCAGAAUGGUGGGGAAUGUGUGGAUCAAGUCAAUUCUUUUGUUUGCCGCUGUCGACCAGGCUAUACUGAUAAUUUGUGCCAAACAAAUAUUAAUGAAUGUGCCAGUAGCCCAUGUUUGAAUGGUGGUACCUGCCGUGAUCAGAUCAAUAAGUAUGUCUGCGACUGCCCAGUGGAAUGGACUGGAGACCGUUGUGAGAUAAGUGCCCGAUUUUGUUUCAGUGCACCCUGCCAAAAUGGGGGAACAUGUAAGGAGGGCGAGGAUGACUUCAGUUGCAUUUGUGCACAGGGCUGGACUGGCGAUAUUUGUACUGAAGAUAUUGACGAAUGUCUAAUUUUGGAUUCACCAUGCUUUAAUGGAGGGACGUGUAUCAAUGGACCCAAUGUGAAUGAGUUCACUUGUUUCUGUACUUCGGCUUGGACAGGCGACAGAUGUGAAAUCAACGUCGACGAAUGUCUGAGUAGCCCUUGUAUGAAUGGUGGAUCUUGUACGGACCAAGUUGGUGGCUAUACAUGUGCCUGCCCACCGGCAUGGACUGGACCACGCUGCCUGAUGGAGGUGCAGUUUUGUAUCAGCAACCCCUGUAAAAAUGGUGGGACCUGUACAGAUGAGAAUAAUGGCUAUAGGUGCACCUGUGCUGCUGGAUACCAAGGAAUUCGGUGUGGAGUUGAGAUUGAUGAGUGCUUAACCACUGUACAACCAUGUAACUCCAAUGGUGUCUGCAAUGAUAUGGUGAAUGACUUCUCCUGCACAUGUUUCAGUGGAUGGACAGGCAGUCGCUGCCAAAUCAAUAUCGAUGAGUGUGCAAGUUUGCCUUGUCUGAACGGUGGACAGUGCCAGGACAGAGAGAAUUUCUUCGAAUGUGUUUGUCCAACUGGUUAUAGCGGUGUCUUAUGUGAAAUCAAUGAUGACAACUGCAAUCCAGUCAAUCCUUGUCAGAAUGGUGGGAUUUGUAUGGAUGAAGUCAAUGGAUUUACCUGUCAAUGUGCUACUGGAUUCACAGGCACUACAUGUGCAACAAACAUUGAUGAUUGUUUAUUGAGCAGUGGAACAUCCAAUCCAUGUCUGAAUGGUGGAGUGUGUUUCGAUGGCAUUAAUACAUUCACUUGCCUCUGCCUUACUGGGUAUACCGGAGCUCUCUGUGACAUCAUAAUUGAUACAUGCAAUCCGAACCCGUGUAUGAAUGGUGCUGCAUGCACUCCUGAUAUCAAUAGUUUCACCUGUACUUGCAUACCUGGAUAUAGAGGAACGUUAUGUGAGAUAGAUAUUGAUGAAUGCUCAAGCAACCCUUGUUUAAAUGGAGGACAAUGUACUGAUGGCGUUAACAUGUUCCUCUGCUCCUGUCCUUCUGGGUGGACUGGUCCAAGAUGUGAAAUUGAAGGGCCAUGUAGCGCCAACUACUCUCUGACCGAUAUUACCACGACCAUCGACAUCGUCUCGCCCAAUUAUCCCGCCAACUACCCCAACAAUGAGGAGUGUCUUUGGUUCAUCUCUGCUCCCAACGGCAAGCAUAUAAAUGUCGAGGUGAUCUAUUUCAACACCGAGCGCCUGUACGAUAUUGUCACUGUCGGGAACCUGUUGAAUAUCAAUGACCUGGGGUCAGCCAUAAUCGAUACAUCAGGGAACAUGGAGCAGACCGGGACUGAGAGACCACCUCCUUUCCUAUCUACAGGAGAGGUUGUCUGGGCCAGGUUUGUCUCUGAUGGCUCAAAGACCGAGGAUGGCUUCACUAUACGCUUUUCUCUAAGAGACGAUGCAGAUUUGAUAGAUGAGUGCCAGGCCAGCAGUACAGGACCCUGUAUGAAUGGGGGUACUUGUAUCAAUUCUUUGGGUUCUUACACUUGUCAGUGUGACCGCUACUUUACUGGCUCCAACUGUGAAAUUGAAAUAGAGAUAAACUUUUGUGCAAGUGACCCAUGCCCAGCUGGUACCCACUGUGAAAGUGGAGAUGGUUCUUUUGUCUGUCUCUGUUCAUCAGACAUCGAAGAUGAUCUCUGUGAAAUUAUUGUUGUUGAUGAAAGAGCUCCUUGUGAUUCGUCACCCUGUGCAAACGGAGGUACAUGCAUGGAAUCCGGAUCGGGUUAUACCUGUGAAUGCACACCUCAAUGGACAGGCGUAUCCUGCAACAUUGAUAUUGAUGAGUGUAACAGUUCUCCUUGUGUAAAUGGAGGCACUUGUAUAAACCUGAGUGGUGCUUUUGAGUGUCGGUGCUGUGAUUCGCUCUUCUCUGGGGUUCUUUGUGAAAUCGUUAUUGCUGAUACUGUCUGUGAUUCCGAUCCAUGCAUGAAUGAUGGAGUAUGCAUGCGCCCUGAAGGGGAUACAACGGGUCAAUACAUCUGCCAGUGUAGGCCGGGCUACAUCGGGGCUAACUGUGAAGAUGAGAUUGACGAGUGUGCCAGUAACCCAUGUCUCAACGGAUAUGAAUGCACUGAUCUGGUUGAUGGCUUUGAAUGUAACUGCCUUGAGAACAUGGGAAGAACAUGCCGUGGAACUAACUGCCUCCCACUACCAUGCCGAAAUGGGGGUACUUGCCGUGAACUCGUGGGGGAUUUCUUAUGCACAUGCGCAGAUGGAUGGACAGGGAAAAUGUGUACCCUUGUUGAGGGCACUGUCUGUAACUUCAAUGAGAUCAGCAAUUGUCUAAAUGGUGCUACAUGCAUUCAGCAGAAUGGAAGAACAAGAUGUGUGUGCGCGCCUGGAUAUAGCGGAAGUGAUUGUAGCGAUGUAAUUGAAAUCAACAGAUGUGACAGAAGAACGUGUGUAAAUGGAACAUGUAACGACGAAGAAUGUAUUUGUGACCCUGGAUUUGAGGGAACCUACUGUGAAAAGGAUAUUGACGAAUGUCUCAGCAACCCUUGUGAAAAUGGAGGAUCAUGUUUUGAUGGAGUGAACGGUGUUACGUGUGCUUGUGAAGCUGGGUUUUCUGGCGAUCUAUGCCGACAACAGUUUCUAACGGUCCCAACCGAUCCUACUGACAAUUCGCUUGAGCAAGAAUGGGUCGUUGUUUUUGCUGUAUUGGGAACUUUAGCUUUCAUUCUCCUAGUCCUUCUCAUUAUUGGAUGUGUCUACUUCUCUGGAAAGGAGGAUCGAUCUUAAGAUAGCCUUCAUGAUCAUAUCCCUCCCAUAAGUACACUAUGCCUGUACUGCAGUGGUCGUCACACAUUCGGAGUGACUCUCUAAGAGUAACAUUCGCCAUCGCUGCUCGUUUUAAAGAACAUUUUAACUAAAGCUAUCAAAAGGAAUAUUUCAAAAAUUGAAUAAUUUGGAUAGGAUGACUGCUAGCUUAUAUACUUUCAAAUAAUUAUAAAUAUUUAUCAAUAAGCAAAUGCACUUCAGCCAUUCUUGCAGUAGCAGUACUAGUAAUGUAUGGUAUUCCACCUAACAGGAUCUGUAUUAAACAUGAUUUUCCUGAUUGAUAUAAAGAGCAGUAAACGGAAGACAUUAUCUAAAAUAAUGACAUUGUUGGAAAAAAUAUUCAAAGUACAGUAUGAUCAUUAUAUUUAGUCAGUGUAAAGUAUUAAAGAAGAGGCUUCUUGAGAAAUAUUUAAAAUAUUGUAUCUACAAGCCUCUAUAUUAAAGCUUAACAUAACUUUGAUGUCUUACUGCAGUUGUAAAAAUAGUGUGUAUGUAAUAAUAUUGGAAUUCAUUAUCAUAGCUAGCACUACACAUGGAUGUGCCAUACUGACCUUAUGAUGUAUAAAUCUAACUUAGAAUGAUGCUAAUAAUCUUAGAUCAGGAUCAAAUCCACCUAUAAUUUUUGUUUUGAGUCUUAUAAUGUAAGACACCAUUUAAAGAUAAUGUAUGGCAGAUCAGUAAUCAGCAUUUUAAUUCAUGUAUACAGUUCCUUUAUGUACAAAAUAUUAUACGAUGAAUAAAGCUUCAAAUACAAUAUCAGCAGCUUCCACAGGGAGUUGAUUUCAAAUUUGCUUACCCCUUAUGAAAGUUUUUUUGUUCUUUUUUGCAUUCUUGAUAAUGGAUAGUGAAUGAAUUAUGAGGCAAUGUACUAGUAUGGGAAAUAAAGUGCAUUUGAUAUUGAUUGUGCGUUUCGGAUAGCAAGCACCUAAAUAAUAUCAACUUUCUGUGAAAGCUGCCGGUAGAAUUGUUUAAUUGUAUUGGGUUGUUUCUCUAUGUCUAGUAUAGCAACGAAUGAUGAUGUAGAAAAAACUCAAUAAAAUUAUGUUUUAUGCAUUAUGUAAAUAUAUUAAUAUGUGUCCCUCUUUUUCCUAUCUCAAACUGGAUUUCAUUUAUCUCUCUCUCUCAGUCGAAUUAAAAAAAUCGAUGGAAGUAGCUAAAAUAUAAUAGGCAUAUUGUAAAAACUGUUAACCACAAAUCGAUCAAGCAAGAAAAAGUAUUUCAUCAUAAAGAACGACAUCUAUUUUUACAGCAAAAAGAAAAUCCUAUUUCAAAACUUAAUUUUCUAGUUUUUCAAAGAUAGCAAUGCUACAGCUUUUUGUAUUUAUUGUACUUAGCCUAGAUCUACAUUCAGUUUGAUAUGCAGAACGCAACAAAUGAAAAGUUCAAACACUGAUGGUGCCAAAUUUAUUUUGUUUUAUUAAUUAUUUUUUAACGAUAAACUGAAAUAGAAGUACUAAAACAAAAUGUUUAGAUUAUUUUACUAUGCAUUAAGAUCAUAUUCCAGAUUGAGUUAAAACAUAGACUGAAACAUUAAUUAGAGAUGUUUCUCUUGGCUCUGAGGAAUAAUUAAUAUUGCUUUAAUUGAAAAUGAAAUAGUUAUGUUAUGAAAUACCUGUCUUUCAAUUCGUAUUCAUGUUGUUUUAACCUUGAAUGUAUGAUUGAGCUUUGAAAUUGAAUUAAAGUAACUUGUCAACUUUU